AAACAAAAAACAACAACAACCAACGAACAAAACAAACUAACUUGAAACUUAUGUAUCCAAUCAAAACAAAAUUCCCACAAUGCAAUGGUGACUAGUUGCGUAAGGUAUAAAAAUGCAAUCUGCGGAGCUGGAUUUAAAAAACUUUGUUUUCAGUUGUAGAAAAAGAUGAGAGCAGGAGUUACUACGAAUUUUCCUUUGGGAAAAGAUCUAUAUGUGACAUGUUCGAAGUCGAGCAAAGUGGGAAAAUCAGAGUUGAAGUUCGUGAAGUGUAAAGUGGUACAAUCUCUACUGACUCCGAAUCAAAGUGUGGUUAUUCCUUCGAGAGUAGGUAUCACCCUUUCAAAGAAACAGUUUGAACAAUUGGUGAAAAAUAUUCCUUGUAUCCAGUCGUGUAUGGAUUCUUUAAACGAGGGACCGAACGAGGACCCUAACAGUUGUGAUAUGACUCUCAGUGGAAACAUUUCGAGCUUUUACAGUCGAUGGGAUACAAACAGGGACCAGCCACCGAGAGAAUGAUUACGAGUGGUCAGAAGUGUCAGUGAUUUUUUUCUUUUCCUUACUAUGCUCGGAGACCAUGAGUGAGAAUUAAAGGAAUAGAAAAAUUCCCAUGUUUUCUGUGGUUUAGUGUGUUUACGUGUAUGUAUGUGAGGUGUGGUCAUUGGUGUUUGAAGAAGAAAAAAAACUGUGUGAAAAGAUGGAUUUGAACAAAAAACAACGAGCACAUUUCUCGGGAGAAGGAGAAAGGCGAAAACGUACUUCACAGGAUGGUGAGAAUACUUUAGACGAGAGCAAACGCUCAGGUAAGAAACCACGUUUGGUGUUAAAAUUGGUGAGAGGGGAAGAUGCUGAGUGGGAGGUACAACAACCCCAACUACAACCGCUCGAGUUAGUGCGAGAAGAGGAAGAUUCUCGUUUAGAGGGAGCUUUACCCGCUGUUCAACCUCAUCUGAGACAAACAUACAAGGACAACUGGUCAUCGAUUAAAAGUAGAUUUAAAGAACCUACACAGAACAAAAACCACGCUUUUUACAACAUCAGAUGGGAAACACAAGACAAACCUCAAGAUUGGGAAAGUGUUUUGAGGAGUAUUUUUAAUCGCCAAACCAAGCGCUUUAAGAUCAACUACAGUCAUAGUUUUAUCCUGUAUAACCGUGAAUUGGAACAAUACAGAUUCUACCAUGCCUCUAACAACGUAGGUCGAGUGUUGGAAGUACCACGUCACAUUAACAAUUUUGACAAUUUUAGGGACUUCAUGAAGACAAUCAACAAUCGUGACAUAUUAGCGUACGCGAUUAAUCAUCGUCCGUCAUCAAAAUGGGUUGUAUCGAUGAUUACGAGCACGACGUUUUUUGUUGAUUCUAUACGGGAUUUUCCUAUCGGAUGUUGUUUUACGACUCCAGUACCUACAAAAAUAAGAAACAGUAAGGGUAUCUUUGUAUUGGAAAAGGAUCAAAAAAGUGGGAGAGUCUACAACGAUCAACUCUGUGUUUUCCGAUGUUUAGCUUUGGCAAAAGGAGCCUCUCUACAUUCCAUCAACCGACCAGCUAAAGAACUGAAGAAAAGUUGGGGGAGGAAAACCGUGAAGCUCAGUAACUUGGUAAAACUAGAAGAACAUUUUAAUAUCAACAUAGAUGUUUUUACCUUUGACAACGACGAGGAUUGCCUUCAACCACAUGUAAGAAGUGAGCGUCGAUACACGGACACUAUGUACGUUUUAUUUCAUGAAAACCAUUUUUGUUACAUCAAGGACAUAGAUAGACUAACACAUUCAUUUGGCUGUUCGAAAUGUGGGAAGUUAUGGAAAAAAAAAGCUCGUUUAAACAGACACGAACGGUCGUGUAACGGACCAACAGGACAACAACAAGUCUACCCCGGUGGUGUUUAUCAAAUACCACAGACAAGUCUUGAAAUUCUAAAAGAGAAUGGGAUCAAUGUAGAUACAAACUUUAUGUAUCCUUUUAGAGCUGCCUACGAUUUUGAAGCAUAUUUCAAACAGACGGAUAAAAAGUCGGACAAAACAAAAUACACCGCGGAACACGUCCCCAUGUCUCUCUGUAUUUGUUCUAAUGUACCAGGUUUUACCAGUCCUAAAUGUUUUGUUAGUGAUGGAGACUCACAAAAGUUGGUAGACAGAAUGGGUGAUUAUCUAGAAGAAAUUGCCGAUAAAGCUUACACUCUUUUAAAAGAAGACUUUGCUUCUGCUUACGAGGAGAUUUACAAUAGGAACGAUACGAAGUUACUCAACGUGUUGGACAAUUAUCUUCGUCAAGUGCCAGUUGUUGGUUAUAACUCAGGGAGGUAUGAUAUAAAUCUGAUAAAACCCUAUUUCGUUAAACGGUUCGUACUCGAAAAGGAUGAUGAUGAUGAGGAGGAGGAGGAGGAUGAGGAGAAGGAGGCGGAAUAUAAACCUACAAUCAUCAAAAGAAAUAAUGAUUUCAUAUCCGUCCUCACAAAAAAAUUCAUUUUCCUGGACAUUACGAACUUUUUGGCCCCUGGUUUUAACUAUUCUAGAUAUUUAGCAGCAUACGGCGUGUCUGAGAAAAAAGGAUUUUUUCCUUAUGAAUACAUAACUGAUUUAAGUCAGCUUAAAGAGACAGCGCUACCACCCAAAGAAGCCUUUUACAGCUCGUUGAAGAAUUCUCACAUUUCUGAUGAAGAUUACACCUACUGUCAACAAGUUUGGAAAACAGUCUGCUUCCUUAUGGAGGCUUCAAACUAUACUCUGACUCACUUCGUGACUUCAUCUCGUUACCUGCUUAUCCCGCACUUUGACGUCAUCAAGAGGGCGUUCACUGUUAUCAACUUGAGUAUUUCGUCACUUGGGAUAGCGACUAACGUCUGUAACAUUGUCGUCUUCAGUAAAAUUGGAAUCUUCGAGAACGCCACCAGCGUUUCUUUUUUCGCGCUCUCCCUCACUGAUCUGACCUACUUACUCCUGUACCUCGGCUCCCUGCUGGUCAACGUUCUGAAUUACCUGAACGUCCGUUUGAGAGUGCCGUAUGUCUACCUAUCGUUCAGUUUCUUAAGCUACUCUCACAUGGCCUACAACUGCUCUAUAGUGAUAACGGUGUAUCUGACCGUUCAAAAGUGUUUCUGUGUGGCCCUACCCUUCAGCUUUCAGCAUGAGUUCACGAGAGGUCGGGCUGUCGCCGCCAUAUUACUCCUCGUGGUUUUCAUCGCAUCCUGGUUCGUCCCGGGCUAUGCCACAUUCGGACUUGAGGAGAAGUGGGACCCUCGCUCCAACACAACUCGGGUGGUUCUAUGGUUCGGAGAAAACCGACGACAAAUCAUGGAAGCUUUUGACGCAUUUAUCCAGAACGUUCUGCCUACCGCCGCCCAGAUCAUCAUCAUCGUCUGUCUAACGAUCAUUGUAAUCAAGAUGAGAGAGUCCUCCCGCUUCCGGGGCUCAACAUCACGAGCAGGAAAUGACGACCCCACCUCUAAAGGACAAUCCGGUGUUAAGAAACCAAGUGUUCACUUGUCUGGGCGGAGUUUACAAGCGGUAAAGUCUACAACCUUAGUGGCCGCCAUGUUUGUCGUCUGCAACUUACCAUCUGUGUGCGUGACGUAUGCUACGUUCUUGGAGCCAGAAUUUAACGACUUCCGUCGUCUGGGCUACCUGUAUGCCUUGUCAGGAUCCGCUCGUCUCUGUCUAUUUGCCGCCUGUUCCUCCCUCAACAUGCUCGUUUAUCUCAAAUUCAACCGCAGCUACAGGCAAGAACUGUACAAGUGUUUAGGGAGGCAGCCCACACAGACCGAAAUACACACAGACGCACGCAAGUCGACCGAGAAGUAA